AUGGCGGCGACUCCAGAUAUCUCUUUGAAAUGGUCAUCAGUCUAUAAAGUUGCCUCAAAAGACAGCAUAUCUCUGCCUGGUGAUAAGAUACUGUUACCGCAGUCUGCUCUGGAACAGCUAUUAGCAGCAUCUACGGUUACGGUCAAUUCUAACAGCCGCCCAAAUAAUGUCGCAUUCGAUCCAUUUAAUCCAUAUUCUUUAGCAGCAGCUCGCAUAGAACAGUCGCAAUGGAGAGAUACUCAACAGCAACUACCUCAUCCUCUCACAUUUAGGCUCGUCAAUUCAAAGAAUGGGAAUGUGGUACAUGCAGGAAUCCGAGAGUUCUCUGCAGAUGAGGGAGAAGUUGUCCUGAGCCCAUUCUUGCUUGAGGCAUUGGGAAUCUCUGCGCCCACACGAAAAUCUACGCCAAGUCCCAAAGUUGAGAGCGAGAGAGGAUCCCCUAGUGCGCCUAUAGACCUUACAGAUAACCCUUCGAUUGACCUUACACGCGAUGAGACGAUAGAUCUUACAGAUGAAAUUGAAGAAUCUGCGCAAAUCACCGUACAUGCGAAACAGCUAUCUAAAGGUACAUAUGUGAGGUUAAGGCCGUUGGAAGCUGGGUAUAAUCCUGAGGACUGGAAAUCGUUACUAGAAAGACAUUUGCGGGAAAAUUUUACAACUUUAACAAAUGGAGAAAUAUUAACGGUUCGAGGGUCAAAGUCAGAGGAAUUUCGAUUUUUGAUUGACAAACUCGCGCCUGAAGGAGAUGGGAUUUGUGUUGUUGACACCGAUUUAGAGGUCGAUAUAGAAGCUUUGAAUGAGGAACAAGCCCGAGAAACCUUGAAGCAAAUCAUGGCAAAGGCACAAAAAGCUCCAGGAACGGCCCAAGGAAGUUCUAUCGGUGGAGAAUUAGACCUAUGGAAAGCUUCGCAAGGACAGAUUGCUGAAGGAGAUUACGUGGAUUAUACUUUACCUUCAUGGGAUCGAUCAAAUGACCUUGAGAUUGAGCUGUCGCUCGAGGAUGAUGGCGAUGUGGAGAUUUUUAUUAGCCCUCAAUCAGCUCAUCAAAGAGCAAAACCGCGAGAAGAUGAGCAUGUUUUUGGAGAUUUCUCAGAAAAUAAAACCAAGAGGCUCGUCAUACAACAAUCAGACGUGGAAUUAAUAGGAGCUGAUGCAAUACUAAUUUCCAUAUACUUCCGAGGGUCUGGAAGUGAGUCAUCACAGGGGUUACGGAAAUACUCUCUUAGAGUGAAAUCGCUUGAGAAAGGGGCAAGCAAUGGAUCUUCAAGUAAUCCAGUUUCGCCCGAAGAAGAUACUGAAAUGCAUGGAUCUGAUGAGGAGCAAUGUAAAAAUUGCCAUCAAUGGGUACCGAAGCGGACAAUGAUGCUUCAUGAAAACUUCUGUCUUCGUAAUAAUGUCUCAUGUCCUCAUUGUAACAACGUGUUUCAGAAAAAAUCCCAAGAAUGGCAGGAUCAUUGGCAUUGUCCUUAUGAUUCUUCCUACGGAAAUACACCAGCAAGCAAAACCAAACACGAUUCUGUAUUUCACGAAUCCCGCCAAUGUCCCAAUUGUCCCUAUGAAGCAACAAAUCUCAGAGAUCUUGCUACCCAUCGUACGUCUGUAUGUCCCGGCAAGGUUAUUCUUUGUCAAUUCUGCCAUCUCGAAGUCCCCCAAGAAGGCGACCCCUUCGAUCCGUCCCCUGAAAGUCUCAUAUCUGGGCUCACAGCCCACGAGCUCGCUGAUGGAGCUCGAACUACGGAAUGUCACCUUUGCAGCAGGAUCGUUCGACUUCGCGAUAUGUCCACGCAUCUCAAGCACCACGAACUUGAGAAGAACAAUCGAUUCAAACCAGACAUCUGUAGGAAUGUCAACUGUGGUAGAACUUUGGACGGUGUUGGUAAGAACGGGGAAGUAGGAGCAGGUUCGAGGAUGGGUCAAGGACCAGGUAAUGAUUUGGGUCUUUGUAGUAUUUGCUUCGGCCCACUAUACGCUAGUAUGCACGACCCGUUAGGAAAGGCGAUGAAGCGUCGUGUGGAACGAAGAUACUUGAGCCAAAUAAUUACGGGAUGUGGCAAGAAAUGGUGUACAAAUCUCUAUUGUAAGACUGCAAAGACUAAAGACGCCAAUGGGCCCCAGGUGGCAUUAUCGGUAAAAGAUGCACUUCCCCUCAUUCAACCAUUACUAGCCCAAUUAGAGGAUAAGACCGAACCAAUGUAUUUCUGUGUGGAUGAAGCAAAUCAGAAGAGGAGAAAUCUGGCGGAAAUGUUGGCCAUGGAACCAGGAGGUUGGGAUCUAGAGUGGUGUGUUGCGGCUUGCGAAGCAGAAGGUCCAAAUCUUGAUAAAGUCAGGACAUGGUUAAGUAAUUGGGCUCCAAGAAAAGCAUGA